CCGGGGGUGUCGGUAGGUGAAUUUGGUAGAAGGGAGAAUAUGAACGGACGAACAGUAACGCUAUAAAAUAAAAUACUAUUGAGCAAAGCGAACUUGAGUCAAUAAGCAUUAGUGUCUUUCAAAGGCAUUGAGAAUUUUUCAGAACAUCAUGGUCAAACGUGAUUUUUGAUUAAGUGCAGUGUUAUUAUAUGUGAAUUAGUAUUGUAAUUCGUAACCGGCUUUUUUAAACAGUUUUUCGCCGUUCCCAUUUAUACAACAAGUUUUUGAUCUCUAAGAAGUUUUCGAGACUUUGAUUUUAUUUCAUAUAAUUCAUCUAAUCGUUUAGUAUUUUUGCAUUAUACAAAUUAAGAAAUACACCAUCUAACGGGUACAAAAAAAAAAUUCAAUCGGCAUCAACGAUUAAGAAAUCAAAACAAUUUAGAGCAAAAAAAAAAAGAAAUAAUAUCGAACUUGUAGUGUUUUGUAGAGAAAGGAAUUUCAUUUUAAAUAGGUAACAAUUAAAAACAUUUGGUAAAAUAAUUUAAUAAUUACUUAAACACCAAAUAAAAAUGGCUGAAGAAAAAAAUGAAACUAGCCCAUCGGCAGAAAGUGAAAAAAAAAUUAACGAGCCCACUACUCCAACGAAAAACGAACAAAAUGAUGUCGAGGAUAAUAAAAAUGAAGAGGAGAAAAAGAAUGGAGAAAAUGAUGAUUCAGAGAAAGCCAAUGAAAAUAAUGAUGAAAAACAAAUAGCUGAACCAAAAGAUAUGCGUGCCAUUGUCUUAAAUGGUUUUGGUGGUCUCAAAAGUAUCAAAGUUUUGAAAAAACCAGAACCUAAUGUUGCCGAUGAUGAAGUUCUGAUUAAAGUCAAAGCAUGUGGCUUAAGUUUCCAAGAUUUAAUGGUAAGACGAGGUGCUAUCGAUUCACCACCAAAGCCUCCAUUUAUCAUGGGUUCAGAGUGUGCUGGUGAAAUUGAUGCUGUCGGCGAAAAUGUGAAAGAUUUCAACGUGGGUGAUCGAGUGGUGGCAUUGCCAGAUCAUAAAGCUUGGGCGGAGUCAGUCGCAGUAUCAACAAAUGCUGUUUAUAAAAUACCAGAUAAUAUGAGUUUUACUGAUGCUGCAGCACUCACUAUGAAUUAUACAAUUGCUUAUAUUCUUCUAUUUGACUUGGCUUGUAUUACUCCUGGAAAAAGUUUACUUCUUCAUAGUGCUGGAGGUGGAGUGGGGCAAGCAAUCAUUCAAUUGGCAAAAACUGUCAAAGAUGUCACUAUUUUUGGAGUUUGUGGAAAAUCGAAAAUUGAAGAACUAAAAUCUCAAAAUAAUAUUGAUUACCUAUUAGAACGUGGUACAGACUAUUCCAGUGAAAUUCGAAAAAUUUCACCGGAAGGUGUAGAUAUUGUAUUGGACUGUCUAUACGGUGAGGAAUGCAACAAAGGUUAUUCUUUAUUAAAACCCAUGGGUAAAUACAUAUUAUAUGGAUCAAGCAAUUUGGUAACUGGAGAAACAAAAAGCUUUUUUUCUGUUGCACGAUCAUGGUGGCAAGUUGACAAAAUUUCACCUAUUAAGUUAUUCGAUGAAAACAAAACUAUUUCGGGUUUCAAUCUUCGUCAUUUAAUGUACCAACAAGGAGGCUACAAUUUUGUAAGAAAAACUGUAGAACAAGUAUUUAAUCUUUGGAAUGAUGGUCUUAUUAAACCAAAAAUUGAUUCAACCUGGGCUUUAGAAGAUAUUCCUGAAGCAAUGCAAAAAAUGCAUGAUCGUAAAAAUAUUGGUAAAAUUGUUCUCGAUCCCAGCUUGGUACCUAAACCUAAACCAGUUACACCAGCAAAAAAUAGAGUAAAAGAUAAGAAAGCUACAAGUCAAGAUGAAAAAAAAAGUACUAACAUUGUUGAAUCUGAAGAGAAUGAGACCAAGAAAGAUCCAGAAUUAACUAAUGGAACAUCUGAAGAUAAAUCGGAUAAUGAUUCUAAAGAAAAAGAAUCGAGUUAAAUUUUGACAUAUAUCGAACAAGAAUACUUGAUUGAAAUUAUCAAUUUAAGAGAUCAUGAAAAAAAUUACAAAUCUAUAAGCUAAUUACGUUAUAGUUUACAUGUAAGGGCAUUUUAAAAACACGUUUAGCAACACAAUUAAAUCAUUUUUGGAGAUCAGUUUUUAUAGCAUAUUGUAAUUUUUAUAUAUUAUUAUUGAAAUGAAUAUUCUUAUAUCGUUUAAUGAUGUACUAAAUUUAUUUUUUAAGAUAUAAAACGAACAAUGAACCUACAAUAGUUUUAUAAAAAAUAUGCUCAAUUUUUAUUUCAAAAUUUUUUCUAUCAAUUUACCAUAUACCUAUUAACAAAAUAUUAAGACUUCAAGUUUACAAAACACUUUAUUCAGAGAUCAAUGAUUAUUUUUAAUAUAUUGCAGCUUUUGAAAAAAAAAUAUAUUUAAUGAUAUAACACUUACAAAGUAAAAAUUUUCAAUCAUAAAAUAUCAGAACAAAUAAU